AUAAACCAAUCUGCCGCCCGGACCAGAAGAAAAUCUACGGCGUGGCCCGAAACGAGGCGGCCGAGAUCCUGUGCCAGGUCGAUGCUUAUCCGCCGCCGGAAUCGUUCAAGUGGUCCUUCAACAACACCGCCGAAACGAUCGAUAUGCCGCAGAGUGGAUACCGCGUUCAUGCCGAGCAAGCGUCGUCACUGACCUACACCCCAGUAAAGGAGCUCGAUUAUGGGACGAUCAUGUGCUGGGCGGACAACGUGGUCGGCCAGCAAAAGGAACCGUGCGUGUUUCAUCUGAUUGCGGCCGGGAAGCCCGAGAUGCCGUACAACUGUUCGCUCGUCAACCAAACGUCCGAGUCGCUGGAGGUCGACUGUGCCGAAGGAUUUGAUGGCGGCCAGCGGCAAUGGUUUGUGAUGGAAAUCUACGACCAGCAGACGCACGCCCUGCUCGCUAACGUGUCCUCUAAGCUGCCAAUCUUCACCGUCAACGGGCUGGAUGCUGGGCUACUGCUGAAGAUCGUCAUCUACGCAACGAACAUGCGCGGCCGAAGCGAACCGAUUCUGCUGCAGGCGUACACACUGAAAGCAGCGGAAAAGCAGACAGGUACCCAUGCCGAGUUCGAGCUGACGCCGAUCGUAUCGAUCGGGAUAUUUAUUGGCAUUUUAACGGUGCUUAUCUGCAUUAUAAUCGCGGUCGCGGCCGCCUUCAAGCUGCGAGCGUCCCAGGCCAAACAGCACACCACCACCGGCGGCAAACGGCCCGGUAAUCUGCCAAUUAAGGAGAAAAUCUCAUUACCGCUCAGCCAGUCGGAAGACAUGUACGACGAGAAGAACCCGGACGUUGUCCCAUCGAACGAGGAUCCCGAUUACAAAUUAAUAUCAGCAAAUCAGACUCCCACAGCGCUGCAUAAUUCAUUAUGCAACAGCAAACAUGACAUUAUCGGCAGGACGAUACUAGACGAUAGCCGGAAAACGUACCUAACCGGGUCAGCUAAUGAAGUGCAUUACGCGGAGCUGGCCCUGGCAAUACCGCACGACGACACUAGUGGCAAAACCCAUCUCAACAACCAUCUGAACAAGCUGCCACCACCGCCGGCCUACAACUACUUCGACGAGCCGACGAUCUACGCCCAGAUAGAUCACGGUGGCAGCUUCAAGACGGUGGGGCCACCACCGCAUCCCCCCUCGACGAUACCCACGGCCGUCGGUGCUGCCGCGACCGGUAACUCCUUCCCGCUAAUAUCGCCGGUGUCGCAGCAACACCACCACCAUCCACUAACGCUGCAGCUGCAGCAGGACGCAACGCAACCGGCGUCCUCCCAUCAGCACCAUGCGCCUCACACGCCCCACACACCGACGACUGCCUCGCUGCUGCAGCUAUCGCAGCCGCUCACGCAGCAUCAAGGUGCCGUCCUGGCGCACUCGCCACUGCAGCUGCCCCACACCCUGCCUCAGUCACCCUCGAUACCGACGGCCAACGGUGGCAGCGGUAGCAAGCAAUACCUAAGGGAGAUCGUAACCGUGCGGACACCGCUCGCCUUUUCCCAGCAGGAAAGCUGCGUCUAAUGCGCCGCCGGGAAGUGGUAGCACAAAAUUGGAGGGGGAGAUAGGAAAAUGAUAGAGAGAGAGAGAGAGCGAGAGAGAAGACAGGGAAGAAGAAAAAGGCAAUUAACAGAAUGACUAAUGGAAGUGGAAUCCUACCAAGGAUAUUCGCACAACUGCUCAAAUUACACUCUAAACACUUGUCCAAACGAAGCAAAAUUUUAUUAAAAACCUCAGUUUAUGGUUAUAAUUUAGGAGUUUAAAUUAGCUAAGCCCAAACAAUCAAUCAAGCAAAAAUCAGGUUGCGAGGCACGAUAAUCCUCAACGGGAAAGUUGUGUGAUGCGGAUUGCAUUCAUUUAGGCUUUCACUAG